AUGAACUAUUAAGAAUAUAUACGCUAUUCAGAUAUUUUAGAUGGUAAAUAUCAAAUUGAUCAAUUAUAAUCAAUAAAUAGAACAGAAAAGUAUCCAUCAACAAGUUCUAUUUAGACUAAUAAUUACAAAGACUUAAUCUAAGUUUAAAUUAAUAUCAUUAUCAAAGUCUUAAAGUAAAUGCACUAAUAAUAUAAAUCAACUUGGUUAUAUGCUCAAUCAACAAUCAAGCAAGAAAUAAACAUAAACAGAGUUUUAUACUCCUAAACUUAAUAUUUCUCAAGUCUCUCAGUAUUCACAAAUCUAAACACCUAAGAAACCCAUUUAAAUUUUACCUACAUCUACUCAAUUCUUGAAUCAAUUAAAUAAUGAGUAAAACAUAUAACUAUGACUUAAGCAAUUUUUUGGAUCAAAUGGAUAAAUUAAUUAAAAUUAGAAAAUUGGAUUAAUCCGUACUCUUAAGAAUUAUUAGAAAACAUAUGAAUGAUUGCCCCUAUUUUGUAUAAUUAGUCAAACAAGAGUUUCGUAACAGUAUUAACAGUUAAAAAUGA